CGAGACUAAACCCGAUUUCCACCACCAACGGAGCCUCCUGUUGAUCUCCUCUCUAGCCCCCCCCUCUCUUCUUCUCGAUUCUCUCUAUCUGCUCUCUCUUCUUCCUUCAUUCUCUUCGCUCGCUGAACCUUUUCCAUCAACCUUCCUCCUAUUUCUCCCCUUUUAAUCCUCUCGCGGGACCAUGCCUCCGCGGUGUCAACGUUCGCCGUCUUAGUUCGUCGGCUGCCUCACAUUUCUCCUUCCCCUGGCGAAUCCCCCCCCCAAAUCCGAAGUGAUUUCUCUCUCCCCGACACCAGCACGCUCACCACCUUCAAUCUCACCCGGUCGCCUAUCCCCCGCCCAGCAUGAACGGAGAUCUGAGCCUCUCCCAAUCGCUGGGAGGGCUCCGAAUUGCGAAUCCGGACGAUUCACCCCUCCAAUCUGAGGUCGCCAGUCCGGUACCAACGGUUCAACCGGACGGCUCGGUAUCAACACCUCCACAAGUUCCCGCGCCGCUCGACGAGCGCCAGACGACCUUUCCUCCUGCGCCGCUCGACAAUCCCCCAGUGAACGAGAACCGCUCCUCCGUCAUCUAUCCCGUCUCUGAUCCCUCCCAACCAGCGUCGGCCUCUCAUCAGCAUUACGCUUCACAGCCGUUUGGCACACCCCCAAACCCGAACCGCCCCCUUUCCUCCGUCUACACGAACGGCUCCGUCUCGUCCCUAUUGCCGCGGGAUAAUUCCUAUCGCAUGCGAACCGAUUCCGGGGCCUCGUCCACUUCUACCUCACAUUCGCGAGUAGAUACCCGCGGCGGGUCGGCUGCGUUGCAAGCGGGAGUUCUGGCGCGCGACAACUCACACAGCGAUCGGUCCUACCGUACAACUCAGAUUCCGGCCAAUGGGCCAGUGCCAAUGCGGCAAUCGUCUCGAGCACAUGCCCGCGGUGGAAACCCAGCUCAGAUGUCGCGAACACCCUAUGCUAUGGAGAACGGCCCGGCGCCCAGCAGCGAGGAUUGGCAGGACCGCGGAGCUGCGGUCGCAGUGAGACAGGAAGUCGAUGCCAACGGGAAGACGGUCGCUCGGUAUAUCAAGAAGGGUGUGCGGGAUUUCUCAUUUGGAAACACGCUCGGUGAGGGAUCCUACAGUACGGUAGUCUUUGCGACAGACCGCCAGACAUUGAAGGAAUACGCCAUCAAGAUCCUGGACAAGCGACACAUUAUCAAGGAGAAGAAGGUUAAAUACGUCAACAUUGAAAAAGAUACGCUGAACCGUCUGACCGACCACCCGGGUAUCGUCCGGCUCUAUUACACGUUCCAGGAUGAGCGAUCACUAUACUUCGUGCUAGACCUGUGCAAAGGAGGAGAGCUAUUGGGGGUCCUGAAACGCAUGACCACCUUUGAUGAAGAGUGUACCAGGUUCUACGGCGCCCAGAUUCUCGACACGAUAGAUUAUAUGCACAAGCGCGGCGUGAUACACCGCGAUUUGAAGCCAGAGAAUGUGUUGCUGGACCACCAGAUGUAUGUGAAGAUUACCGACUUCGGAACCGCCAAGAUCCUCAAGACGCGACGACCGGACGAGAGCCAGACCUCUAUUCCACCAAUCGACUCGACCGAGAUCCCCGAAGACGAACGAGCAAGCUCCUUUGUCGGCACUGCAGAGUAUGUCAGUCCAGAAUUGCUGGUCGACAAGAACGCCUGCAAGGCUAGUGAUCUGUGGGCGUUUGGUUGCAUCAUCUACCAACUCUUGGCUGGUCGUCCGCCCUUCAAGGCGAGCAAUGAGUACCAGACGUUCCAAAAGAUUGUCGCCCUGGACUACGAAUUCCCGAUCGGAUUUCCCACGGUGGCUCGCGACCUCGUUGAGCGUCUUCUUGUCCUCGACCCUGCGCGUCGACUGCAGAUCGAGCACAUCAAGAACCACGAGUUCUUUGAUGGUAUCUCAUGGGGCCCGGAGUUGUGGCAGCAGAAGGCCCCUCGAUUGAAGGCAUAUGUGCCUCCCGCACGUGAGCCCAUCAAGCUCAAUGGCGGCGAAGGGGGUGACAGCUUUCCUCCGGUCAUCUCGACUGCGCCAUCGAAUGCGACGACCAACAACUCGCGUGCGCUCCCCCGAGUGGUCACCGAGCUGCCUCCUCCCAGUCAGCUGGAUAUCGAAUGGUCUCCCGUGUUGAGCAAAUCCAACGAACGGAUUUUGAAACUUGGUAACAUGGUGGUCUUGUCAUCACCCGCAUCGCAUAGUCCGACGUCAAAGAAUGGCAGUGGGGACAGCGAGGCUCCUAAGAAGUUCUCGCGCUUCUUCUCUGGGUCAGCGACAAAGAAGCGAUCACGGUUGGUCAUGGUCACAUCCUCCGCGAGGAUUAUUUUGGCCGCAGCUGGUGGUGAUGAGAAGAAGGCAAAGACGGAGAUUUCGUUGCUUGCGCCGGGGACACACUAUCGGAGCACAACGGAUACCAAGGGUCACUCCUCGUGGAUUGUAGACACGAGAGAUAAACACUUUGUGUUUGAAGAUCCUAAGCCCUCUUCUAGCAACAUCGGAGCCACUGCGGUAUCAGCACAAGAGUGGUUGGAUGCACUGGACCGGGCCAAAGAGAUGGCCUCAAUGCACCAAAGUGCUGGCUCUUAUUCCGCCGAGGAUGCCUUCCGCGACCUGUCAUCCGGAUUCUCCAGUCACGCCAAUACACUCGAUCGGAGUACAGAACUCCAAAACGAGGCCAAUAUUCCUCCUCCGGGACGAAACCACUUGGUGAAGCAACAAGCCGACUCGGAAUCGGUAAAGGGGAAGAAAAGAUUCAGCCGGCGGCAUUCGAAGAAUGGUCUUGCCGCUGUUUUCUAAACUCUAAACAUUGGUGGUUUGUUACCUCCGCCCCGAUGGACUUGCGCCGGAUGAUAUCUCUGCAAACAUGCCCGGUUCCUCGAAUAUCGCUCGGGUGUCUUGCCUGCUUCCAUUUUCUUGGUAAGCAUGUCACCUUAUUCUCGUCGCGUGCUAUCAGACCUUGGUAUGUUGGCAUCCGACUCCGUCGCUCGUCUUUUCGCUAUUCCCUUUUUCUAUACCGCAACCACCGGUCCGUCCGCUAUACGCGCACAGAGGACACGGUGUUUGCUCUGCAUAUUGGUCAUUCUACCCUUUGCAUUUUACAGUGACGAGCGUGUUUUGUUCGUUUUUGGAAUAUGUUUUCUGCAUUUAGAACUGGAAGGGAGCAUGCGUGAUUCAUCUUUGCUGUUGCUUUGCGUCUAUUCCAAGUCUUCUUUUCUUCGUCUCUUUUCUGUGUCUUUGCUUCCCUCGGUCAAUUGUUAUAUAUCCCUGAUUUGAUCUGAAGCAUAUUGUCGACAAACUCGCAACGCAGCUGGUCUUCCACCCAAUGUUUCUUAUCUUUUAUUCUCUUCUUGUGCAUCUGGCGACCUCGCUUUUUCUUGUAUCCAUCCUUGGGUCGUUGAUUACCGUCGGGUUUUGUUGAGGCUACAGUAGAAAGCUGCUCAAUUGUUUACUGACUAGUUCUGUGCUCCUUUCUCUCGCCGUAUGCCUUGCUUAUAUCGGAGUAACAUGAGCGAGAUGUUUUUUUCUACCCUCUGUCCUUUCUCCUGGGUUUCUCAUGUCACCUUCCUCCACUCACCGACUCCUUUGCUUCCAUCGCGUAUUUCUUUUCUCUCUAACUACUCAUCCUUAAUCUGGAUGAACACCUUCAUUGUGACUUUCUUUCCACUCAACUUUUCUUACUUCACUUCCCUUCUUUCACACACUUGACUGUUUCCUUUUUAACUUGCUCUUUUCCAAUUCUUAUCCUCUCGUGACAGACUAUAGUCUGUGUUUUCUUUUUCUGGCUGAACUCCAAAAUUGAUAUACCCGACUUUUUUUCUUUUCCUUUG